CGAGCAGUCGCGGGCUAGCCACCACCACCACCACUAACAACAACAAGAACAAGAACAAGAACAGGAGGCGGAAGAGAGGAUCAACAAGAAGAAGCCGUCCGUGUUUUCGAGCUCGGUGGGUCGCUCGCGGAUGCCAUGGCGGCACCGGCCCAGCUCAAAGCAGUCCAGCACCACUUGCGCACCGCCCAAGAACACGAGAAGCGCGACCCCGUGGUGGCCUACUACUGCCGGCUGUACGCCAUGCAGACGGGAAUGAAGCUGGACAGCAAAACGCCCGAGUGCCGCAAGUUCCUCGUCAAGCUGAUGGACCAGCUGGAGUCGAUGAAGACGGAGCUGAGCGACGACGACUCCAUCACUCAGGAGGUGGUGGGCAACGCCCACAUCGAAAACUACGCCCUCAAGAUGUUCCUCUACGCCGACAACGAGGACCGAGCGGGACGAUUCCACAAGAACAUGAUCAAAUCCUUCUACACGGCCAGUCUGCUGCUGGACGUCCUGUCCGUCUUCGGAGAGCUGUCGGAGGAGAACAUCCAGCACAGGAAGUACGCCCGCUGGAAGGCGGCGUACAUCCACAACUGCCUGAAGAGCGGCGAGACGCCCGAGGCCGGACCCAUCGGCAUGGACCUGGACCAGGAAGCAGCAGAUGAAGACGAAGGCUUCUCGGGCCUCGCGCUCUCCCAGGGCGGCUCCUUCCGGGGCGGGGGCGCGGCUUCCUCUCAAGACGCGGGCGGGGCCGCGGCGCCGGGCAUCGGCUUCGCCGGCGGCUCGGAAUCGGGGCCUUCCGGACCCCCCGGCAACGUCCGCGUCCCCCCCGGAGCGCACGCCCCGGCCAACACGCCGGCAGACUCCGUCAAGCCGGUGCCGAUGCCCAGGACCGCCGUCGACCCCGACCUCUCUGGCGGCCAGCGGCAAGGUGACGUGCGCCUCUCGGCCGAAGACUUCACCAAGGCCCAGAAGUACUGCAAGUACGCCGGCAGCGCCCUGCAGUACGAGGACGUGCCCACGGCCGUCCACAACCUCCAGAAGGCCCUCAAGCUGCUCACCACCGGAAAAGAAUGACGCCUUUGUUCGGCCGGCCCCCGUCUCUCCGCGCCAUCUCAUCGGCUUUGACGGAGACGGGGGCUCGACAAUGGGCGCCUGUGUGCGCCCGCUGCCGGUCUCGAUGACAAAAAGCCGCCGAACGGGGCUUCCCGCCACAGGGGGCGCCGCGCUCCUCUCGUUUUGUCAACGCGCCCGUGCGUUGUCUCAUUGCGCAACGUCGGCGACUGCGCGCGCGCUCGUCGUCCUUCUUCCGAGCUAAUGACUUGCCGGCCCGAUGAGUUGUUUGCAACGGAUGUUGCCGUGACGAAGAUCCCAAUACAUCCAAUUAAAUUGUUUGCACUUGU